AUGGCUUUUAACGGACUUCCAAACCUGGAGAUCCUUCACAUUACUGGUGACUCAACACUCUCAAUGCUUCCCAAAAGUGUGUUCUCUGGACUUGUAGCCAGUUUGAGACAGUUGAACCUUUCCAACAACGCUCUAUCAUCCCUAAGUGGUUCUGAAUUUAUCGGAUUCGCAGAUCCGAAUAGCAGAUUAGACGAGGUUGAUUUGAGUAACAAUAGGCUUCAAAAUCUUCGUGCUGGCUGUUUUCAAUCUCUGAAGGGCAUUCGAAGCCUAAAUCUGGCUAGAAAUUUUAUUUCCAAACUACGGUCUGAUAUGUUUGUUGGUUUGCAACUGCUUGAGGAGUUAGAUCUGCGUCAAAAUCCAAUCACUGUGAUAAUAGGCGGCACGUUCCAGCCCCUGACAAAACUGCGAAAGCUCCUAAUCUCCGGUUUGGGUUCUAGGUCAUCUCCUUUAACUACGUUAACACCUGGAAUGCUUUAUGGAUUACAGGCACUUCGACAUCUAGAAAUCUCCAAUCUAGGGAUCGCUAACAUCAAUGUAGAGACGUUUAUGGAAUUGCGUCAUUUGCAGGAGUUGGAUCUUUCAGGAAAUCAACUAACGGACGUACCUCAUAUCGCUUUCAAGAGGAUGGUGUUAGCUCAAAGGGGAAGUCGAUUCCAGCACCUGAAUCUAUCCAACAAUCGAAUCGUCUGUCUGCCAGAAGGGGGCUUUGCAGACUUCCAUCAGUUAAAAUCUCUCGAUUUAAGUGGAAACCUUUUAACUGUGAUCUCGGAUCAAGCCUUUAGUGGAGUAAAACACCUUCGGGAUCUUGACCUUCUUGAGAAUCCCAUUUUAGUCAUCAUUCCCAGUGCAUUCGAUGAGUUUGUAACAGUCGAUGAGAAUGGUGUGCAAGAUACAGUCAACAUUCUUCACCGACAUCGACUAGUAGGAGAACUACUACCCAAGAUGACGGUCAUUCGUAUUCCUAACGACGAUAAUAUUGUAGGCAUAAAUAAACUCCGUCUGCGAGCUGUCUAUGGUCAUCGAGAUAGCAUCACCGACACCACAAUAGCACCCUUUAUUGACCUUUCUUGUCCACGUCUUCCCCUCUCCAAUCACAUCUCUCUAAAACGAUCCACAAAUAAGGUGGAAGUUGUCUCAUCGACGGAUGACAACGUCAUAAAAGGAUUUAGUGGAUUUCUGACACAGAACAAAAUCUCCUUAAUCAUAAUUGUUGUCUGUGCGAUGCUGACCCUGGUUGUAAUUUCGGCAACUAUUCUCUCUUGCCAAACUUGUCGCAAACGACGGGGAAGGAGGAGUAAAACCAACCCCUCAGAGGGUGUCAAUACCAGCCCCUCACUUGUAGAGGCCGGGAAGUUGCAUUAUCCCACACUUUCCAAACAAAACGCCUUUACGUAUAACAGUCUUGAGGUUGGUAGCACCGUCUUUAAUGAACAAGUGCCGUCAGUGAUUGAAAAGAUGUCUACAAGUGAGCGUCUUUUCAACCUGGGUCAACAACUCGCACCUCCGCCCUAUCCACACAACCUCCAAACAAUGGAAGAACGCCUACGCCAGGCAGUAGCAGCCUCCACCACGCUCCCAUGUCUCUUCAAUGGUUAUGCCACAUCCAGGGAAUCACCACGUCACCCUUCAUCCGGUCAGUCAUCUCCUAGCAACCUAGGCAGUUCUCCAAGGUUUUCUAGUUCAACAUCUUCAGUUCAACAACAGCAACAGCGGCAGAAAGUGCCUCCACCUCUGCAUCUCAUCAUGACAACAUCGGCCAUUGAUCACGAGAAAUCGCCACCUCCACCACCAAGCAGCGUUUCUCCCCUGCAUGAGUCUGGGAUCGCCUCUGAUAAUGCCUCGUCUUCGCUCAUGACAGCUCUGGGUGUCUUUUAA